CCACCAUCACCGUCACCGUCACCGCCACCGUCAACGUUAGGGUACUGACUCAACACGCUGGUCUGCAUGCUGCUAGGCAUCGCACCCUCGACCCUCUGCUCAAUAGCGACUGCCGUCAAGACAUCCACGCCAGGUCACAACACGCAUCUUGCUCACUGCUGGCACCGAGGUCGAUCGAUUCUUUCAGGCCUCAGUGCCCCUUCAGCGCAAGGCCGGAACAAGUGUCCGGGUCAUCAUGGACCAACAGCUGGAUAUGCAAGAGCAUCGCGCUGGGCUGUGCGACCUGUACUUUGCCCAGUACGAUGACCUUUGCAACCUCUCGCGGGACUUCGACACGAGAAACGCUGCACAUGAUGCGAGCAUCGCUGCUCUUGACGCUGCGCGGCAUCAGCUUCAAGAGCAGGCGCCCUUCGUCGACACUGGGAUCAAGGUUGCGCUCGCAGCAAAGACGGCUGCAUGUCAAGCGCUGUGUCAGCAGUCGUCUCAAUGGCGUGUGCAUUCGUUCCCUCUCAGCAACCGCUCGAUGAUCACUUGGACCAGCGAUUCGAGUGCCACGGUCUUCACGGCGGCCGAGCUCCUCGCCAUCCUCCACGACACCAAGGCUCCUCGCGCGGAUGAGAUCCUCCCGGACAUCCUAUCUGGCGCGCAGAGGAGGCUGCUCGAGUCGGCAGCCAAGGCUUGCCCUCUCAGCUCGAGCGGGACGAGGCGCAUGGCCUUCGCGGGGUCGAGCGUGCUGCAGGUGGCGGCCGAGUACCGGCUGCCAGCAUCGCAGCCGAUCGUCAGGCUCUCGGCCCCUGUCGCCGUCGACCCUCCCGGGCAGGAUGGCACGCGCGUAUGGGGCUACUUCAAGAGCCACAUCGUCGGCGAGCAGCUGCUCGAGGAGGAGCCGGAGAAGAAGGAGGAGGAGACGGACGAGGAGGAGGAGGAGACGGACGAGGAUGAGGAAGCGAACGAUGGCGAGGAUGAGAUGGAUGAGGAUUAGCAGUGCUAUCCUCGAGAGCAGGCGGGAGGAUCGGGGAGUUCGCUCGGCGCAGUGGACGGGGAAAGCGGGGAUGCGG